CACAAUUUCACUAACAAAGACAAAAAUCAGAAAGAAGAGAAACAACAACAUGCAAGAGCAAGAGGCGAAACCGAAGAAAACCAAACCGGAAGAGUGAAGCUUCGUUUCGUUUCCCUCUGUUCCUUCUUCCACUGAAUCCCAUGGCGAGAGUGAAGCACACGCCAGCUUCUCGCAAGCCUGGUAGGAAGAACAAAGCGCCGCCAGAAUCACCGCAAGCUCAAUCGCCCGCAACUAGAGAGAGGAGGAGGAGAGCUGAACAAGAGUUGCCGCAGGAGAAUGAAGCAGCGGCAAGGACUCACGGAAGAAAGAAAAGGCGCAGUAAGCCGGGAACUGCGGCGCUUCGCGAGAUUCGUCAUUAUCAGAAGUCUUGCCAGCUUCUUAUCCCAGUCGCACCCUUUAUUAGAUGCGUCAAAGAGAUAACGCAUCAAUACUCUACGGAGGUGUCUCGUUGGACACCCGAAGCUGUGUUAGCACUUCAGGAGGCAGCUGAGGAAUAUCUGGUUCACUUGUUUGAAGACGGAAUGCUCUGUGCAAUUCAUGCAAAGCGUGUUACUCUUAUGAAAAAGGAUAUUGAGUUGGCUCGGAGGCUUGGAGGAAUAGGAAGGCCUUGGUGAAUGCACAAUGCCAUUGGUGUUUUUAUUUGUAAGAAUACAUUAGAGAUCAGAGAGUACAGGGGAUUUCAACGCUAAUAUUAGGAACAACACUAAUGUAAUGCAAAUCAUUAUAUCUUUGUAGGUGAAACAACAAUUGUAGAACGGUUUGCGAUAUUCUCCGACUUUAAAUUGAUGUGUGACGUACUAGUGUAACAUUGUAGCAAUGAAAUAUUUCAACAUUAUUGCCGUUCAUAUUAA